AUGGCUCCCGGAAAGCGCCCCAACUUCCUCGUCAUCGUCGCCGACGACCUGGGCUUCAGCGACGUAGCCCCCUUCGGCGGCGAGAUCAACACGCCCCACCUCGACAAGCUCGCCGCCACCGGCCUGCGCUUCACAGACUUCCACGCCGCGGCGGCAUGCUCCCCGUCCCGCGCCAUGAUCCUCACGGGCACCGACCACCACAUCGCCGGGCUGGGCAACCUCAUCGAGUGGACAAACAUCAGCGGGCAGAACGACCCGAACGGCGGCAUGUCCACCGCCCCGCAGCGCGGGAUGCCGGGCUACGAGGGCUACCUCAACGAGCGGGUCGCCGCGCUGCCCGAGAUCCUGCGCGACGAGGGCUACCUCACCCUCAUGGCGGGCAAGUGGCACCUGGGCCUCACCCCGGAGCGGUCCCCGCGGGCGAGGGGGUUCGAGAGGUCCCUCGCGCACCUGCCCGCCUGCAGCAACCACUACGGGUACGAGCCGCAGCUGCAGGGCCAGGACAAGAUCCCCGAGUUCAUGACCAUGUCCUUUAUCGCGCUGCACAGCGAGGACGGGGAGUACGUGAAGGAGCUACCCGAGGGCUGGUAUUCCAGCGAUGGGUACGGGGAUAGGAUGCUGUCGUACCUCAAGGAGUGGAAGCAGGAGAGCGAGGGCAAGGCCGGGGAGGAGAGGAGGCCCUUCUUUGGCUACCUCCCCUUCACCGCGCCGCAUUGGCCCCUGCAGGCGCCACAAGAGUACAUAAAAAAGUACAGGGGCGUCUACGACGGCGGCCCAGACGCGCUGAGGCAGAGGCGCCUGCAGCGCCUCAAAGAGCUGGGCAUGGUGGACCAGAACGUGGAGCCGCACCCCGUCGUCGCGGACGAGGUCAAGGAGUGGGCCGAGAUGGGCGACGAGGAGAGGGCCAACAGCUGCCGCGCAAUGGAGGUGUUCGCGGGCAUGGUCGAGUGCAUAGACGCCAACGUCGGCAAGGUCGUCGACUACCUCGAGUCCGUGGGCGAGCUGGACGACACGUUCGUGUGCUUCCUGUCCGACAACGGCGCCGAGGGCGCGGCGUACGAGGCGUACCCCAUCGUGCAGGGGAGCAUGAUACAGCACCUCAAGAAGUACUACAACAACCACAUCGACAACCUCGGCAACGGCGAUUCCUUCAUCUGGUAUGGCCCCCGUUGGGCUCAGGCCGCAACGGCUCCUUCGAGGUUAUACAAAGCCUACACGACCGAGGGAGGCGUGCGCGUGCCCUUCAUGAUGAAGGUGCCGAAGCAGUGGGAGGGGAGCCUUGAGAAGGGUGGCGUCACGCACCAGUUUAGCACGGUAAUGGACCUUGCGCCAACAAUUUUGGACAUGGCUGGCGUCAAGCACCCGGCACCUCUUUACCAGGGCAGGGAGGUCGUUAGUAUGCGAGGUAAGAGUAUGAUGCCGUACCUGAAAGAAGAAGCUGGGAGGAUACACGAGAAGGAUUUCGUGAACGGGUGGGAGACAUGCGGACGGGCAGCUGUGCGGAAGGGGGACUGGAAGAUCGUGUUCAUUCCGAAGCCCAAAGGCCCGGAGAAGUGGCAGCUAUACAAUCUGGUGAGGGACCCCGGCGAGAUCCACGAUCUGGCGGACCAAGAGCCGCAGAGGCUGAAGGAGCUUAUCAAGCUGUGGGAUCAGUACGUGCUGGAGACGGGCGUGGUCCCGCUGUCAAAGGACCUGGGAAACUGGAUGGCGGCGAUGGAGGAGCAGAUGCCUGAGAAUGCGUGGAUUGAGUAUGAGUAUUGGAAGGACGGCGCGAGGGAUGACCCAGCCAAGUUUACCAAGAACAUUCCCAGAUUUGUGCGCCAGGUCAAGGCCUUAUAG